UCGACGACGGCGCCAAGGCCCAGUGGGACGCGGACGCGCCCGAGGCCGAGGUCGUCACGGAGGGCAAGAAGUUCUACUUCACGGAGACGCGCUCCGAGGCCAAGGCCGCCGUCAAGCGCGACCACGCGGACGCGAGCGACAAGGAGCAGCAGGCGCUCGUCGAGAAGGCGCUCCGCGCGGGCUGGAAGGCGCUCGACGACGGCGCCAAGGCCCAGUGGGACGCGGACGCGGCCGAGGUCGUCACGAAGCAGCUCAGCGGCAAGCAGUUCUACUUCACGGAGACGCGCUCCGAGGCCAAGGCCGCCGUCAAGCGCGACCACGCGGACGCGAGCGACAAGGAGAAGAAGGCGCUCGUCGAGAAGGCGCUGUACGCGGGCUGGAAGGCGCUCGACGACGGCGCCAAGGCCCAGUGGGACGUGGACGCGGCCAAGGCCGACGCCAAGGCCGAGGCCGAGGCGCGCGCCGCGCUCAAGGCGCACGGCUUCGACGCCACGGCCGUCGCCGCGCUUCCGGCCGCGGACCUGCCGGGGGCUUUGGCCGCGGCCAACGAGCGCGAGAAGCUCCUCAAGCGCGCGGACCGCGCCGCCGCCGCCGCCGUCGCCAAAGACGCCAGGCACGCGAACCGCGAGCGGCGCCGCGAGGAGGCGCGGCGCUACGCGCUCGAGCAGGCCGUGCUCAGCGAGGAGGCGCGGCGCCGCACGCUCAAGCAGGCCGUGCUCCGCGAGUUGCUCGGCUUCGAGCACAAGGUCGAGGCGGGCAUGCUCGCGGGCAAGCCCCUCAAGGUCAUCGGCGUCGUCUACGACGAGCGCGACGAUCGAUUUUGGUGCAAAUCCCGGAGCCAAUCCGGCGAGGAGGAGCUGACGCCGCUGUGGGCCAUGCCGGCCGAAGCCAAGGCCAAGGCCGACGCCGCGGCCGAGGCCGCCGCGACGAGCGACCGGCGGCGGCCGCCGAAGGUCGACGCGGACGGCGACCGCACGGGCCACUCGUACUACCCGAGUGCCAAGUACGAGCGCGUCCUCGGCACUCACAUCACGGGCCAGUCCAACCACGCGCGCGACUCGCGGCUCGUCCUCACGUCCGCGGACAGCGUCAUCUCCGGCCCCGGCUCCGCUAGCGUCCAACUCCACGACGAAGCGUGCGGCUUCCGCGUCGAGAACCUCGCACUCGACGCUAAGCUAGCCACGGCCGAGGUCAUCGGCCUGCUCAACAAGCGGUCCUACCACCCGGACGCCUUCAGCCC